GCGGUCCUUAAAAAGUUGGUUCGCCUGGUUCGACACAGCAAACCUGCUAUAACUAUGUUUUUCUUCUGUUGAAAGUCAGCGCGACGGCUUCAUGCAGUCAUUGCCAUGUCUGCAAAUGAUCUCUCUGGCGUGCUCGACAUCCUGCGGUCACUGUAUGGACAAAUGCAGACUCUGCAGGAGUUUGCGGACAGUGUCGUCUUCAGAGAGGGCAAGAGGGCAGUUCUCGUAGAGCAGUCAGACACAAACCGCUUUAAAUCCUUCGUUAAGGGUGUUUUUGUUUGCUUUGAUAAGGAGCUACAGCAAGUCCCAAGCUGCAACCAGAUUUGCACUCUCCAAGAACUCCUGGCAUUUGUUCUUAACAAUCUGAAAAGGAAAAAGAAAAGAAACAUCCUGGCACAUGGUUAUAAUUAUUUGACUCUUGCACAGGAAGAUCGAGAUGCAGACCACUUCAAAUUCCAAGGUGACAUAACUCAAAGUGCUGCCUACAUCCAUGGCAGUGACUUAUGGAAGAAGGUCACGAUACGUCUUGGUACUGACAUCACACGUUACCUGCUGGAGUGCUGCUCUGUAUUUGUGGCAGCCCCUCCUUCCUGUAUUUUCCAGGUUUGUGGGGUUCCGGUUUAUGACAGGGUCUCGAUUACCACUGCAUCAAGUCGAUUUUAUCUCCAACGUCAAAUUGGGAAAGUCUGUCGCUCUCAGCUUGGAAGAAAUAGAGGAUUAGUGAUCUUAAAUAGAGGACACAUUGCUGAGAAUCCUGCUGCAAGCAAGAAGAAGAAAAAUAGAAAUGAUGAAAGACACUGUAAGAUAAAAAGAAAGAGAGAACCUGAUCCCAACGACGAGGAAACUGCAACAUGUUCUUCAAGAAAGAGGAGACGAGUGGCCCGCCAACUACAUAAAGAGGAAAUCCAACAGGUCUGCUGUGAAACAGCAGAAGAAAAAGAACCUACUUCUGUUGAAUCAACAUUGUCUAAGAAAAUUGCUGAAAAUUGCAUGACAGGUUUCAAACAGCUUUUUGCGACAUCAGCAGCCAUACUUCCUUUGGAGGUUGGUUCCAGUUGGAGAGCAGGGACUUUUCCCCCUUUGCCGGCCUCACAAUGUUUUAUCCGCACACAAGGAUUUUUGUAUGGAGGCAGAGGCAUGCAUGGCUUCCUUCUCAACAGGAAAAGGAAGACUGCAGAUGGAUCCAGGAGGUUACAAGGGAACGAUUUGAUUAGAAUCAUCUUCUUUGAGGGCCUGGCACAUUUAAACGGGAUGGAAAGUAAACCAAAGAAACUCCCUCGCCGUUUUUUUAAUAUGGUUCAACUGUUUAGUCAGGUAUUGCAACAACACAGGAAAUGCCCAUACAGCAAGAUUCUGCAGAAAAUGUGCCCAGUGAUCAAGGAGAGCAGCGCACGACAGGAAGAAUUAAACUCCCUGUCACACAAGCACUGUGCUCCUCAUCGAGUUUACCUUUUUGUCAGGGAAUGCCUCUCCACUGUGAUCCCACAAGAGCUGUGGGGCUCUGACCACAACCGACUUAACUUCUUUGUCAGAGUGAGAGGCUUGCUGCACAGUGGCAAGUUUGAGAGGCUCUCACUAGCAGAGAUUAUGUGGAAGAUGAAAGUGAAUGACUGCAGCUGGUUGAAGAUCAGUAAGACUGGCUCCUUUCCUCCCAGUGAGCUUGCAUACCGAACUCAGAUCUUGGGUCAGUUCUUGGCUUGGCUUCUGGGUGGCUAUGUUGUAGGGCUCAUACGAGCCUGUUUCUAUGCCACUGAGAUUUUGGGACAGAAAAAUGCCAUCAGGUUCUACAGACAGGAAGUCUGGACAAAACUUCAAGAUUUGGGUUUCAGAGGUCACCUAUCUAAAGGCCAGAUGGAGGAGUUGACUCCAGCUCAGGUGGCAUCUCUCCCCAAAGGGACUGUCAUCUCCCGUCUUCGUUUCAUUCCCAAGACUGAUGGCAUGAGGCCAAUCACACGAGUCAUAGGAGCAGAUGCCAAAACCAGGCUCUAUCAGGGGCGUGUCCGAGAUUUGCUGGACAUACUUAGGGCCUGUGUACGCUCAACUCCAUCCCUUCUUGGGUCCACGGUGUGGGGCAUGACAGAUAUCCACAAGGUGUUGUGCUCUCUGGCACCAGGCCAGAAGGACAAACCUCAACCCCUCUACUUUGUUAAGAUUGAUGUGAGUGGAGCGUAUGAGAGCCUGCCACAUGAUAAACUCAUAGAGGUGAUUAGCCAGGCCCUGUCACCUGUCCAGGAUGAGCUCAUCACUGUCCGCCGCUAUGCCAAGAUCUGGUUGGAUUCCCAGGAAGGUCUGAAAAAGACCUUUGUUAGACAGGCUGAUUUUUUGGAGGAUAACAUGGGACCCACCAACAUGAAGGGUUUUUUAACUGCACUGCAGAAAAAUGGCAAAAUCCAUCACUCCAUCCUGGUAGAGCAGCAUUUCUGCUCAGACCUUCGUGGCACUGAGGCGUUGCAGUUCUUCAUUCAGAUGUUAACUGGCAGCGUUGUUCAGUACGGGAAGAAGACGUACCGUCAGUGCAGAGGGAUUCCUCAGGGGUCAGUGGUGUCCAGUCUGCUCUGCUGUCUUUGCUACGGCCACAUGGAGAACGCUCUCUUCAAAGACAUCAUUGGAAACAAACUGUGUUUAAUGAGACUGGUGGAUGACUUCCUUCUUAUAACCCCACACCAACACGAAGCUCAGUCUUUUCUCAAGAUCUUGCUAAACGGGGUACCGCAGUAUGGUCUGGUGGUCAACCCUCAGAAGGUGGCGGUCAACUUUCAAGUAUUAGCAAGUGUGGGCCCUUGCCCUGGCAUCCACGUCCUGCCUCCUCACUGCCUCUUCCCCUGGUGUGGACUCCUGCUGGACACCCACACACUGGAUGUCUAUAAAGACUACUCCAGCUAUGCUGGCCUCUCGCUGCGCUACAGCCUUUCUUUGGGCUCUUUCCACUCAGCAGGACAGCAAAUGAAGAGGAAGCUGAUGGCCAUCCUCAGACUCAAAUGCAAUGCUCUCUUCUUGGACCUCAAGACCAAUUCUCUUGAAGCAGUGUACAAGAACAUCUACAAGCUGGUGCUGCUGCAUGCGUGCAGGUUCCACGUAUGUGCCCACUGUUUGCCCUUUGGUCAGAGUGUUGCCAAGAACCCAGUCUUCUUCCUGCAGAUGAUAUGGGAUAUGGCGCAGUAUGCCAAUAAGCUCAUCAGGCGCAGCAACAAAGGAAUGAUUUUAGGUUGUAAAGCCCAGACGGGCAUUGUGCAGUAUGAGGCAGUGGAGCUGAUUUUCUGUCUGUCCUUCUUGCUGGUCCUGUCUCAACACCGACCGCUCUAUAAAGACCUCCUGACGCACCUUCACAAACGUAAACGCAGUCUCGAGCGACGUCUUGGGGAUCUAAGGCUGGCCAGAGUCCGACAGGCUGCCAACCCAAGAACCCCACCCGACUUCUUGUCCAUCCAGAUGUAGACCAGUCACUGGAUUCAUUCACAGUUCACAAAAAAAAGCCAACAAAGAAUAAUAUUAGAAGGUGAAAUCCAGCUUCCCUGAGAUGUUAAUGAUGCCAGUUUUAUCUAUGUUGCAUAAACACUUUAAUAUCAGAUACUUUUCUUUUUAUGAUUUGUCAGUGAUCUGAAAUAACUUAAUUUAAGAUAUGGUGGAAACAGGAACAAAGAAAACAUUUCUUCCAGUCAUCCAGUAUAAAACACUGAAAUUAUGUCACUUCUCAUCAACAUUCCCUUAUCCAACAAUGACAAGGAAAUCAAUAUAAUAUCAAUAAAAAUUAAAGAUAAACCACUCGCCAGUCGAGUGUGUAAACGGCUAUGUGCCUCUUUGGACUUUGGUUUACAUGUUCGUUGUCAUUUUCCACAAGAACGAUGUGAUGUUAUUUUAAGAUGAAAUACGUGCACAGAGAUAUUGUGAGUUAGAACAGUAAGGGCCAAAUCCACAAAGAAUAGUUUGCGCCCGCAAAUAGCGCUGUGAAUUGCGCUGCAUUUGCCCCCGCAAUUUGCCCCGCUUUAAGGUCCUAUUCACAAAAGAUUUUGCUCUAAUGAUAUACCAGCGCAAACACGCCCAUAAAGUUUUGCGGCUGAGUGCAAAUUGCACUUGUCUGAGUAAGUGAGCGGAGCUGUUUCCAGUGUUCUCCAUAUUUCUGCACACACAUUGGUCCAUAAUAAAAACUGCAGAAAUAAAAAGUAAAGCGAGUGAAAAUAAAACGCCGUGAGGCGCAAGGGCGCAAUUUCCACUGGGAACAGGGGGGGCAUUUCCCCCCCCCACUUUUCAAACUCAUGCUUUAGUCCCCCCCAGCUUUUUUACAGUUUAAGAACUAACGGUAGACUCAGCCUGUAUUACAAAUCAUCCAGACACUGUGCGAAGAGCCCC